UGGCACUGAGUGAGUAUAUAAGUGGGAAGCUCUGGCAGUCAACAACACAGUUCCUCUCAUCUCCCACAACAUGAAGGUCGUUCUUGCUCUAACUUUGGUGGCUGUCGUUGUCGCUGCCCCGUACAGGCCCCGCUAUGGUCACUCCCCAAUUCCCUCCUACAGGCCUGCCCACUACAGGCCUGUUCCAUCAUACAGGCCCACUCCAUCAUACAGGCCCACUCCAUCCUACAGUCCCACUCCCUCCUACAGGCCCACUCCAGCCUACAGGCCCACUCCAUCCUACGCCCCAGCUCCUUCCUACAGCCCUGCACCAUCUUAUAAUACUGUUCCUCACUACACCUAUAACUACGCCGUGAAGGACGACUAUUCCGGUAACGACUUCGGCCACCAGGAGAACCGUGACGGCUACGACACCCAGGGGUCGUACUCUGUGCAGCUUCCCGACGGUCGUCUGCAGACUGUGACUUACAAUGUCAACGGAGACUCUGGCUACGUGGCCCAAGUCUCUUACCAGGGAGAGGCUCAGUACCCCCACUACCAGCCAUCCUACUCCCCCGCCCCAGCCUACACACCCACACCCUCCUAUGGUUAACUGAUAACAUAUUACCUUGUUCAUAUUUAUUCCUAACCAAUAAAAUGCAAGAACUUUA